UACCCGGACACAUUAUAUGCGCCCCCGGCGACGUUCACCUGACGUUCCAUCGCUGUUUACAGUAUAUCCAUGCUGAUCUCGAGCCCGGCGGUGUAUCUCAGGUGUUAUUGAGGUUAUUUUUUGGAAGAUGUCUCGUGUGGGUUUGCGCUGCCCGGGCUGCGGCUCCUCCAACGUUGUGGACGAUGACCUGUACUGUCAGGCCCAGACGGUGUGUGCGGACUGCGGCUCGGUGGUGUCCGAAGGAGGGCUGGCCAGUGAGAGCGUCUACGUAGGGGGUUCAGAUGUCAGCUACAGCCGAACCACAGCAGGGGCCAAAAAGCCAUGUAUGAACCUGAUAAAAGGUCUUCAGCAUGUGAAAGCCAUGUGUCGGAUCCUCAGGGUCAACAGUGAGAUCGAGGAGCUCUCGAAGACCUAUUACAGCCGGGCUUAUCAGCACGAAACUUUCAUCAGAGUGAGCCUCCAGAAGAAAGAGGCUCUCGUUGGUUGCUGUGUGCUUGUGAGCUGUAGAUUGCUCAAUUGGCCCAUAACUAUGGGAACCAUAAGCUACCUGCUGGACGCCGACCCGAUGGUGGUGGGAGUGAUUUACCUGGAGAUGGUCAAAGUUCUCAACAUCGAGGCGCCGAGCGCCAACAUCACCGAUGUGAUGGAGGCCCACAGUCACGAGUACAAAAUUAGCUCACUUCACGUUCCUGAAGAAUUGGCAGAGAAUCAUAAGGACUUGACCAAACGCGCCGUGGAGCUGGUGGAGCUGGCAGCGGACACCUGGAUUGUGACGGGCCGUAGACCCAUCCCCAUCAUGAUGGCAGCCAUCUAUCUGUCAUGGCAGUCCUUGAAACCCAACAAGCACCGCUUGAAAUUCUCCCUGGACAAAUUCUGUCAGAUUGCCAAAGUGAACAAGCAAAAGCCUGCUAUGAAGAGGAUAACUGAGAUGAAGGAGGUUCUGUGUAAGCUGGGUAAGGAGAUUCCCUGGGUCAGGGAAGCGGUGACGCCGGACAAUGUCGUUAAGCAGGUGGAGGAUAUUCUGAAAAACAGGUAUGCGCUGCUAAGGAGGGCUCUCAGGACCCAAGAGGAGGCCCUUCUGGCAGAGAGUGAGGCCAGCUGUGAGGACUCUCUAACAGAGGAGACCCGAAUCUCUGAGCUUGUGGAUCAGACUCCAAAUGCAUCCUCUGUAGAAGAAAGUGAACUGAAUGCUGAGCCGCACAGAGACACUCAGAAGAGCCAGGAUCCAGCACCGAACUGGGGGAAGAGAGUGCUGUUUGCUCCCCCGUGUGUGGUCCACGCUAAGAAAAGGAGAGUGGAGCAGCCCGAGCUCAAGGAUGUUACAGGAUAUGAAGAAAUCUCUGACAGUGAAAUUGACUCAUACAUCCGCACGCCUCGGGAAGCUCGAGAGUUCGCUCAGACACAGAAGAUGCUUUCUUGAGUGACAAAUCGUUACGACCGGAUCAUUCAAAUACGGAUGCAGGCAUUUUAUUUCUAUGAGAUUUGGGUCGUGAUAAGAGAUGCUACAACCUUUUUGUAUGUAGUUUGUGCAGUAACAGAUCAUAUCUGUUUUUGUUUUUGCUGCCUAUACUUGAUUUACCAUCAAUAAAGUUAAGUUGAAGUGGUUCAAAAAAGUAAUGUUUUUGCAUCAGUGAAAAAGGAAGUGUGAAGAUCUCUCCUAAACAAAGUGGAAAAAGCUUUUCUUUUAAAGGAAAGACAUAAUGGUAAUAAUAGUGUAUUCAUUACAGAUUGGUUUUGCACAUCGUCCACAUCGCUUAUAAAUGCCCGAUUUUAAAGAAUUUACCGGGUUUAUGAUGUGUGAUAUUGGGGUCGCUUUGGUUUUGCAUAAUUAGACCUACUUUCUUUAUAAUAGGUAUUUUUCUAAGAGGACAUUUUAACAUGUCAAAAUAAGGAAAUCAAGAUGUCUGCUUGGAAAAGGGUCCAUUAUGCCAAGUCUCUAAUGAAACCUUCAUUUGUUGCGUUGUUUGAAUAUCUACUGACCAAUAAGUACUUUAAUAACACCUAAAGGUUUUUAAGGUAUUACUUCUCCACUUACACAUUCACUGAAAAUGCCAGCAUGACAUUCUUAAUGUUAGCUUUGAAUGAUUCCACUGUUAAAAUCCAUCCUUUC